UUCAAAUGAUCUAUCGUAUACUUCGUCCAAAUGGUCUUUUUCUUUUUUUUUGAGAACAUCAUGCUCGACAAGAAUUAAUUCCAUUAUUGAGUGUUGCACAUAUGGUAUUUAAUAUUGUUACUGGUGUAGAUUAUGAAUCGGAAAUAAAUGAAAUUCGAGCAUUUCGAACAGUUGAAGAUUGGCGUUCAUGUUUAAGACGUGCUGGUUUUGAAGAUACAUUUGUUUAUGAUGAACAAGAAGAUGAUUCAACAGAUGACAUUAUGAUUAUUUUUCGAAAACCAGAACAAGACAAUCAAAUAACAAAUAUAGAAUGGAAUGAAAAUUAUCAGAAAAUUAUUGCUAAUCCAGAAUCAAAUUAUUUUCGACCAUGUGAACGGUUAGUUGUUCGAAUUUGUAUGCAAUUUGGACAAUAUUUAAAUCAUACACCAUUCUAUUAUUUUCCAUUUGUUAAAUUUCUCGUACAUUAUUGGUCAUUGUUUCUUUCUGAAACAAAAUUAUCAAUUAAAAAAUACGGUUUGCUAACAAUACUCUUUCGAUCACCUGGUUUUCAAAUGAAUGUUUUUGUUGGUAUUUUUAUGACUAUAACAUUAUUGCCUGUGAUAUUGUCUUCAUUCCUCGUACGAAUUUUCUUAUCUCGAACUAUACCCGAAUAUGAAAAAUUAGUUCUUGAACAGACAGAAAAUAUUGAUGAAGAUCCAUUCAAUUUUCAACAAUCAAUCGAUCCACAUAUUGAUCAUAUGCAAAUUUUGAAAAAAGAAAGAUUUCUAUGUCAUACAACUAUGCAUUCAGGUCAAUUCAAUCUUCAUUAUAUUUCGGAUCGAGAUGAUCAAAUUCAAGUUGAAAUUUUAAUUAAUAAUGAUGAUGAUGCACAACGGUUAAUGUGGUUACAGCAACAACCCAAUAUUGAUGUUAUCUAUGAAUUUAAGAAUCCAAUCGACAAUAAACAAACAACUUUGAUUGUAGGUGUCAAAAUUAAAGAAUUAUUUUCAUUGAUUCGGAACUGCACAAAUUUUGAAUCUGAUGGUUCAAUGACAAUUGUUCAAAUUUUUGAUUAUUUUGAAUAG